CUGUCUAUCUAUCCAAUCGAUCUCUCCGCAAAAGGGUCUGUAGGAAACCAGCGAGCGAAAGCAGAGAAGAGCAGAGCAGCCUCACAUGGAUUCCGCAAUUCUUCUCUCCGAAGCUCUCGUUGUUGCCCCGCUCUGCUCUGCUUCCGCAUCCUUUUCGACCCUUCGUCAUCAUCUACCUUGCCUCCUAUCUUCGCCAUGCCUUCGCCCUCCUUCUCUUACUACUUCCCUCUCUCGUCGCCAAUAUGCCUACGACCGCUCUGCUCACCUUCGCAAGCCCUGUGCUACUUCUGGAAACAGCGUUUUGAUGACCAAUUUAGUGCCGCCAAGAAAUGGAGUAUAUACAGUAGGUGAUUUUAUGACCAGAAAAGAGGAUUUACAUGUCGUAAAGGCUAACACAACAGUUGAUGAAGCAUUGGAGGCUCUUGUUGAGAACAGGAUUACGGGUUUUCCUGUGAUUGAUGAUGACUGGAAAUUGGUUGGUGUAGUUUCGGAUUAUGACUUGCUAGCACUGGACUCCAUAUCAGGUAGCGGAAUAGCUGAUACAAGCAUGUUUCCUGAAGUUGAUAGCACUUGGAAAACAUUCAACUCAUUACAAAAGUUGCUCAGCAAGACCAAUGGGAAGGUUAUUGGUGAUGUGAUGACACCUGCCCCACUUGUUGUUCGUGAAACUACCAACCUUGAAGAUGUUGCUAGAUUGUUACUUGAAACGAAGUACCGUCGACUUCCAGUUGUUGAUAGUGAUGGCAAGCUGAUUGGAAUUAUUACACGAGGAAAUGUUGUUAGAGCUGCCCUUCAGAUAAAACGUGCCAGUGAAAGGACGGAAUAAACCCCUUGCUAGGAAGGUAUUUUGAGGUGAACCACCCUGGCAGGUUACUGAAGAAUCUCUGGCC